AAACGGAUAUCAUCUUAUUUUUGUGAAGCGAUAGUAACAGGUGAAAGGACGUUUUGAACCCAUGAAUGAGGGAGUGACAUCAUCUCAUUUCCAGAAAAGAUUGCUACCAUCUUUCACAAGUGAAUGAGACAAAGUAUUUGAUGUACAAGCGAGAAGGGGGUUCACCUAGAAUGAAUGUCAGUGUUUUUAGUGCUUUUAAAAGGCUCAGUAAGUCUAGACUGAACUGAGCCUUUGCCAGGGGAUGUGGAUGGACAGAUGCAUUUAUUCAUCCAAAAAAAGCAUUGCCAACAUCCAUGAAAAAUGUACAAUUAUUCGCAUUACUGUCCUUAUUAUUUCUAUCAUUUUUUAUUAUUCUGGCAAGAAAAAUGAAAAGAAAUGACAAUAUUGAAAAUGUUGUAUUACGUAUUAUGACCAUGAAUUAUAAAUAUAAUUACAAAAUUGAAAAAAGCUAUUUCAUGAAUUUUGCCUUUUCUUUAAAAUCUUCUGUCUAGUUAUUAGUCAUUCGGUCACUAUAUUGUCAGUACCCAAUCUGAACAUUAUCUUCUAAAUGUUAUGCUUCUAAAUAUUCAUCAGUUUUUUCUCUGUCUGUCUGUGUAGUUCACUCACUAAUGCCCCUAGGUCACUGGCUUUUCUCUGUUAUCUGCAGUAUAAGCAGAGAAAGAAGGGCAGGCAUUUCAAAUAAAUGAUUUAUAUCCACACACAACACAUAUGCAGGAAAAAGCUAAUAGUAAUUUUUACUCUAAAGUACUGGUAACUGGGUUGCUAGAACUUUACCGUAUAAAUUGCAGUAACAAUAUGUUCAAGGGGCAGUUCACCAAAAUGAAAUUAAGGUAUGUUUCCAUGUACCAAAGUGGUAUCUGUCAUCCAGAUAGUUUUGCUGGAAUGUGACAAGUCUUCUAGAUCUAGGUUGCAGCUCAUCCUGAUGAAACAGACCUCACAGAUCCAUCUUCAUGUGGCAUCAAAGCGGCAAAAAUUUGACAAAUUCAACAGCAACAUCUCUACCCAAGUACACUGCAUGGUCAAAAGUAUGUAGACAUCCAAGCAUCACACCCAAAUGUGCAUGUGGAACAUCUCAUUCCAAAACCAUGGCCGUUAAUAUGGAGUUGUCUGGAUGAACAGACACUGCUCUGGGAAAGUGGAAAUGUACCUUAACUUCAUUUUUGGGUGAACGUCAAGCAUACGGUAGCAGGCUGUGUAUCAAAUGCUAAAUGUAUUACACUGUUUCACCAUAAAGUAUUGACAUAUAUAUUUACAUUUCAGCUGUUCACAAUUUUGUACCUUUGCGAUUUUACAGAAUUUUACUAUAAAAUUCAUGGACAUUUUUUACGGUGCAUCAUGACUUUUCAUCAAAAGGUAUUCAGUUACAGCCGUCCGCCUGUGUUCUCAUCCUCUCUUCUCUGUUCCCGAAUUCAGGCUGAAUGAUUGCUCCAGAUUCAUUAGCAGUUCAUGGGGUGGUGCCAAUUAAUGCUGAUGACUGCUAUUAAUCCUGGAUUUUUUUUUCAUUUUCUGAUGAUUAAGUUUCAUAUCCAGUGAUGUGUGACGGAUUGGUCGUGUUGCUGUCAUUAAUUGCCGUUUUAGUGCUUUAUCAACUUUGCAACGCUUGGAACGUCAGCGGAGUGUUAAAUAUUUUUUGUGUGGUAUAUUGUUUUCAAACUAUUAUCCUUUUUCCCCCACCCCACCCCUCGGUAGUUUGUGGUAUUGCUGUUCUGUCCUGACAGUCUGUACGUACUCACUGUAUCGCCUGUUAUGUCCAGUCUUGUCUGCCAGUGUGUACGUUUUAAUAAAACUCCCACCCCAACUAUCUGUCCUUCAAACCCAUUAUGUUUUCCACUCCCCAACCAAUCAGAAUGGUUUACAGGCAAAUGUAGUUGAUGAUGUAAUUGUUUUUUUGUGUGUGUGUGUGUUUAUGUGUCUGUUCAGAGGAACCCAAGCUGUCCAUGAAUUGAUGCUGUAGAAUUUUCAGUGAUGCAGACAGACUCCAUAUCACAGGACCUACCAACCUCCCCUCCCCCCCCCCAAAAAAAAACAGCUUUACCAAGAGAAAUCUAAUCUAUUCCAGCCUUCCUGCUCUGGCCCACUGCUGCCCCACAAAACAUGGCUUACUGUCAGAACCCCAAAAUUGUGGCCCGUGUUGAUUUUCAACGCUCAGCGUUCUUUAUAAGGAGCAGUACUGCCAGGGUACAGCCAGCAAAGUGAGAAACAUGGUGGCACUUAAACGAUAAAAUGCCACCUAUCGUUCAGUCUGUCUCCAGCCCUGUUUAAGCUCCCCCUUUCCAAAAUAAGUCUUUCUAAUAGUUGGUAAGUUUCAAUUCAUUUUACUUAAUUUUCUACUUUGUGGAAGUCAGGCCUUUUAUUUUAUUAAUUUAUUAAUAAAAUUUUAUUUAUUCAUCAAAUUUACUUUUUAUUAUAACUGCUCAACUUCAGAAACAGAAAAAAAACUGCGCUCCUUUCUGUCAGAUGUAACACGCCAGUAAUUUCCAAAGCAGUCUGUUCAGUUUGCAUCCAAGCGAUACACGCCGCUCAGUGAAGUUUGAUUAGUUUGUGUGCGUCGGGAGCUUCUUGCAGACGGUCCACGCUCAUUUCGUAUCCUUCGCUUUAUUCAGAUGGGCUAAGAAGUGGGGGUUAUGGACAGAAAUGGGAUCACAGUGCAGCAAGUGCCAUGGUGGGGAAUGCAACUGCGCAGGGGGAUUGGUGGGAUUAGUCAACACCAUGUCAGCCACCAUGCAGACCGUCUCUCCACCUACCCCCGUUUGCUGUGAAUGUAACACUGAGCAAUUUGCUGUUUCAGUUUUAUAUACAUUUCUUUAGCUUUUAGUUUUUUUCUCUUUUUUUGAUAGAUUAAUCGAUUGAUUGUGGGAUUGUUCACUAGACUAAAUCGAUGAGACACAAAGCAGUUGCUACUGCUUGUUAGCACGGCAAGAUUGCUUCAUUUUCACUUGUUAAUCUGUAUUUUCCGUUUCAAAAUGUGCACAACGCAAUAAACACUUCAAGAACAAAAAAGGGAGUAUUAAGAAAAGCACAAACUUCUAAAAAAUAAACAAAAGUGCAAUGAAUUUAAUAGUGUACAGUGGUCCUAAUUGGGGCAAUUCACAUAGACUAAAAAUUUUGGAAUGAAAACAAUACUGUGUAUGUGUGCAGUAUAACCACAAAAACCAAGGACACAGAAUCUUUUUUCGACUGCCAUACAUUAAAUGUAUCGUCUGAAUAUGCAAUUAAUCAGCUUUAUUGAAAUAUUGAAAAUGUCAUUUUCAUUAAUUCACCUGUGGUCAAAUAAAAAAAUAAUAUCAAUGUACACAGGAAUGUAAUCCACCUGUUGUUUUCAUAUGUGAGGGAUGUGACUGAAGGAUGGAUUAAGAAAGGUUGCCUGUACCUGUUACCAGGUAACUUUGGUUUACGUGAUGCCGAACCUAAAUGGAAUGGCGCAUAGAUAUUAGGCGAUGGGUGUACAGGCAGAACAAACGGAUAAAAAAAACUGUAAAAGAAAACCGAUUGAACAGGUUUGUCCUCUGGAUUAGGUGUGGCACUGAUGGAUUAAAAGAGUGGAUGAGAUGUGGUCAUAUAAUACAGACACACAGUCAAACAGAUACGCGAGCACGCACACAUACACACACACACAGACACUUAAUGACUGGCCCAGCCAGUGCAGUAUGGGAGGAGUACAACGGUGAGGCUAGAACCAGGGGCAUCGUUUCAAAAUAGCAUUGUGACGUCAAAAAAAGGUGGUGGAAAUAGAGAGAGAGAUUACUUAAAUCACAUCCAUUCUGUGAGGACAAGAAAAAGGCGGGAGGAGUACUGGAGAAAAGUGCGGUGGCCAUGGCGUUGUUGGCUGUGGUGCGGUCCCCCCCUCUCACAUUCUUUCAGACGGUGGUGUCCCUCCUGCUGUCCGCGGUGGCCCUGCUGUCCCCCUACUGGUGCGAGGGCCGGCAGAAGGUGCCCAAGCCGCUGUGCACUCGGACCAAGCACACCGACUGCAUCCCGGUGCCCGGCGUCUCCAACUCCGCCUCCAUACAGUUCUCCUGGGAGACCGGCGACGACCGCUUCAUCUUCCCCAGUUUCCACUCGGGGCUGUGGAUCAGCUGCGAGGAGAACAUCUACAGCGAUGAGUGGGAGGAAAAGUGUCGCUAUUUCAUGGACCUGACUCCGAGAUCCGAGAAAGGAAUUUGGUGGUUGUGCGUGACCAUGGAGCUCAUGUAUGUGGCGCUGUUGAGUAUCAGCUGUGUGCUGCUGUUGGUGCAGCUGGGGCUGCGCAGACGGCUGCGCUCCUCCCAGCAGUGGGGGAUGCUCCUCAACGCUUUCUCCGCAGUCUUCACUGUGUUGGGAGGACUGCUGGGGAUGGUAGCCCAUAUGAUGUUUAUGCAGGUGUUCCAGGUGACUGCUUCUAUGGGACCAGAGGAUUUUAAUCCCCACAGCUAUGGUUACUCAUGGGCCUUCUAUGUGGCAUGGGCUGCUUUCUCUGUCUGCAUGUCUUCCGGUGUCUCCGCCCUAAACAGCUACACCAGAGACACGCUGCUGAGGAGGCUGAAGCACAAGGCUUGGGCGUACCCUCUCCAGCCACACCCAGCCCCCUUCUACUGCCCCCCACCUCCACCCAUUCCACCCCCACCCCUGUCCCCUUUAUCCCCCUACUACAUUCCCGAAUCCCCCUCCCACUUACCUCCCUCCCUGCCUUCUCCUCCACCUCUCUCUUGUUCUCUGUCUCCUUUUUACUCUCCUUCCAUUCCCUCUCCAUCACUGUCCUUGCCUCGCCCCGCCCAUGGCUACAUACCCCAGUUUUGCGAAGAGGAUUCGAGCGGCCCUCUCUGAUGAUGUCACUUCCUUAAAUGACCACUGCUACCCUGAGCUGCCAGGGACAUUUUUUUGUGUUAGAUUUGUUUUUAAUUGAACGCAAUGACAAUAACAUCACUGAUUUGGUAGCUCAUAAAUUGGACACUAUUGCUUUAAAUCAAAUAAAUGAGAGCUAGGCAAUGCUGUUCAUUCAAAUAGAACUGCUGUGUUUAUGCCAGGAGUUUUUAAACAGGGAGACCUAGAGCUCCUUCAGUUAUGUCUGUGCAAAACAGAUUACAACGUAAAAUCAAAAUAUGUGAAAUAUCCAACUUCAAAAUCCUUUAUCUAUGCAAAAAAUACAGCAAUGUACUUGUCUUGAGGUUUGUACCAUACAGUACGUGUGCAGAAUAAAGAGAACUCAACUUUGCGAUAACAGAUUUGUUUAAUUUCCCUAUCACCCAAACCAAGCAGCAAACACACAAAACUCUCACAGUGUCACAUUUUUAAAUCUUUAUUUUAAAAAAAAUCAUAGGAAUGCUAUUUCCAUUGUUUGUCUUUUACAGCUCAAAGUCACAAGGAAUUCUGUUCUGGGAAUCAUUCCCAACUUGGCCACAUUCAACAAAACACAAAAACCCAGCUCCCCGAGGGCUGGUCUAUGAAGGGAGCUUAGUCUAGUGCGAUAUGCACACCACACUGCACCAUAAGACCGGAAA